AUGGCUCCCAAGAAGAAGGGUAACAAGAAGGGCAACGAUGACUGGGAGGCUGAGCUGGGCGAGUCCAUCACCCCGGCCGCCGAGCAGCCUGCCGAUGCGGCGGAUGCCAACGUUGACGGCGCCGAGGACGAAGACGACGAGGCCGGAGGUGGUCUGAUGGCCAUGUUGCGCAAGCGCAAGGAGAGGCGCAAGCAGAAGGGUCUUCCCGAGGAGGAGCAGGCGGAGACUACAGGGGAGCCAGACCUCUCGCACGUGCAAACGGCUCAGGAGGCCAACGCGGACGACGAAUUUGCCCUGCCAGAUAAGAAGGGCAAGGGCGGCAAGGGAAAACAGGCCCAGCAGAAGAAGGGUGGUGCCCCGGCGGCUGAUGGCGACGACAAUGGCGCCGAGACGAACCGUGUCCUGACCAAGGCGGAGAAGGAGAAGCUCAAGAAGGAGCGUGAGAAGCAGCGUAAGAAGGAGCAGGCUGCCAAGAAGAAGACGCCUGGUGCUGCUAAGGCUCCCGAGGCUGCUGCGCCUGUACAAAAGGAGGAGGCUCCAUCCCCUACCCCUGAAGCGGCUCCCGCGGCGGAGACUGGCGGCAAGAAGAAGAAGAUCCCCGCUCAUCUGGCUAUGAUCCAGAAGCAGCAAGAGGAGAUGCGUCUCAAGCGCGAGGCCGAGGAGAAGCGCAAGGCCGAAGCCGCAGCCCGUGCCGCCGAGCUGGAUCGCCUCGAGGAGGAGGAGAUCAAGCGCAGGGAGGAGGCCAAGGCCCUGAAGAAGCAAAAGGAGAAGGAGAAGAUUGAGCAGCUCAAGAAAGAGGGCAAGUUCAUGACAAAGGCCCAGAAGGAAGAAAAGCUCCGCAAUGAGAGGAAGCUGCAGCAGAUGAUCGAGGCCGGUAUCCAGAUUGGACCCUCGGACGAAGCCGACAAGGAGGCGAAGAAGGCGAAGAAGGCCGCUGAGACCAAGGUCAAGAAGAGCAAAACCCAGCAAAAGCUCGAUGAGGAGAAGGCCCUCGCCGAGGCUGCCGAGCGCGCACGCGCAAAGGCCGAGCAGGAGCUCAAGGAGGCUGAAGAGAAGGCUGCUCGCGCCAAGGCUGAGGCCGAGGCCAAGGCCGCCGCCGAAAAGAAGGCUGCAGAGAGCGACAUUGAAGAUGACUGGGAAGCGGCAGCUGCUUCAGACGACGACGUCAAGGACAGCUGGGACGCCGAGUCAGGGGAUGAAGUUGCCAAGGCCAACGGUGGUGUCAAGAAGGAUGGCGAGGAAGAAGAUGACAAUGAAGACGAUAGCGAAGACGACAGCGAGGACUCGGAAGACGAGGAGCGCAUCUCAGCGGCUCGUGCUGCCGAGGCACAGCGCAAGAAGGAGGCGGCAGAGCGUCGUGAGAAGGCUCACCAGGCUGCCUUGGCUGCCCGGUCAAAGGACAACCUGCGCUCACCCAUUUGCUGUAUUCUUGGUCACGUCGAUACAGGAAAGACCAAGCUCCUCGACAAGGUCCGCCAGACUAACGUCCAGGAGGGCGAAGCCGGUGGUAUCACGCAGCAAAUCGGUGCUACGUACUUCCCCGUGGACGCCAUCCGUCAAAAGACGGCCGUCGUCAACAAAGACAACAGUUUCGAGUUCAAGGUCCCCGGUCUCUUGGUCAUCGACACACCCGGUCACGAGUCUUUCUCCAACUUGCGUUCUCGUGGCUCAUCCCUUUGCAACAUUGCCAUCCUGGUUGUCGACAUCAUGCACGGUCUCGAGCCCCAGACCAGGGAGUCGAUCCAGCUCCUCAAGGACCGCAAGACUCCCUUCAUUGUCGCGCUGAACAAGGUUGAUCGUCUCUACGGAUGGAAGAAGAUUGACAAUAACGGCUUCGAGGAGUCACUGGCCAUGCAGAGCAAGGCCGUCCACAACGAGUUCCAGACACGUCUCGAGAAGACCAAGCUCGAGUUUGCCGAGAUGGGUUUCAACUCGUUCCUCUUCUACGAGAACCCGUCGCUGAAGAACAACGUUUCCCUGGUGCCCACCUCUGCCCACACGGGUGAGGGUGUGCCCGACAUGCUCAAGCUCAUUCUCCACCUGACCCAGGAGCGCAUGACGUCGUCGCUCAUGUACUUGUCCGAGGUCCAGGCCACCGUCCUCGAGGUCAAGGCUAUUGAAGGUUUCGGUAUGACCAUUGAUGUCAUCCUGUCCAACGGUAUCCUGCGCGAAGGCGACCGCAUCGUCAUCUGCGGUACCGAAGGCGCUAUCAAGACAAACAUCAGGGCGCUUCUCACGCCGGCACCUCUCAAAGAACUACGUCUCAAGUCACAAUACGUGCACAACAAGGAGGUCAAGGCUGCUCUUGGUGUCAAGAUCAGCGCCCCCGGCCUCGAGGGUGCCAUCGCCGGCUCGAGGCUGAUGGUCGUCGGCCCCGACGAUGACGAGGAGGACAUUGAGGAAGAGGUCGAGGCCGAUCUUGCUCAGCUUCUCAGUCGUGUUGAGAAGUCCGGUCGCGGUGUCUCUGUCCAGGCCUCCACGCUGGGCUCCCUGGAGGCUUUGCUCGACUUCUUGAAGGAGUGCAAGAUUCCCGUCGCCAACGUCGGCAUCGGCCCCGUGUACAAGCGUGACAUCAUGCAGACCGGUGUCAUGCUGGAGAAGAGCCCCGACUACGCCGUCAUGCUCUGCUUCGACGUCAAGGUCGACAAGGAGGCCAUGGCGUACGCUGAGGACCAGGGCAUCAAGGUCUUCCAGGCCGACAUCAUCUACCACUUGUUCGACGCCUUCACCAAGCACAUGGACGACCAGCUUGCUCGUAAGAAGGAGGAGUCCAAGAUGCUGGCCGUGUUCCCCUGCGUUUUGAGGACUGUUGCUGUCUUCAACAAGACAACCCCCAUCGUUGUUGGUGUAGACGUCAUCGAGGGCCAGCUGAAGAUCAACACCCCCAUCGCCGCCGUCAAGCACACUGCGAACGGCAAGGAGAUUGUGAGCAUCGGCAGAGUUACCUCCAUCGAGCGUGACCACAAGCAGAUCCCCGUCUGCAAAAAGGGUCAGCCCUCGGUCGCCGUCAAAAUUGAAAUGGGCAGCAACCAGCCCACGUACGGCCGUCACCUGGAGGAGACUGACCAGCUGUACAGUCUCAUCUCGCGCAAGAGCAUCGAUACUCUGAAGGAGUUCUACCGCAAGGACGUGAGCAACGACGAGUGGCAGCUGAUCAUCAAGCUCAAGCCUCUGUUCGAUAUUUAA